AAUCACAUAAAAUAAAAUAUAUUAAAAAAGAGCGUUUACCUCUUUUAUCAACUGUGUCCAAACAAGGCCUUACUUCCAGAGAGGUAAAACAGGGUUUGGGUUGGGAAUGGCGACACCGGGGAUGGAGGGAGGAGCGGCGCAACCUCCGGGAACGGACAUGACCGGAAUAUGCUUCCGAGACCAAUUGUGGCUUAACACCUUCCCUUUGGAUCGCAACUUAGUCUUCGAUUACUUCGCGUUAUCGCCUUUCUACGAUUGGACUUGCAACAACGAGCAACUGCGUAUGCGUUCUGUUCACCCUCUCGAUCUCUCUCAGCUCACGAAAAUGACGGGCACGGAGUACAUGCUUAGUGAAGUUAUGGAACCUCACCUCUUUGUUAUUCGCAAGCAGAAGAGAGAUAGCCCUGACAAAGUUACGCCUAUGCUCGCUUAUUACAUAUUGGAUGGUUCCAUUUACCAGGCUCCCCAGCUCUGCAAUGUUUUUGCUGCUCGGAUUGGAAGGGCCCUUUAUUACAUACAGAAGGCCUUUACUACAGCUGCCUCAAAGUUGGAGAAGAUUGGAUACGUUGAUUCUGAAAAUGAGACUGCACUGCCGGAAUCAAAGACUGGUAAGGAGACAAUUGACGUAAAGGAAGUUAAACGAGUGGAUCAUAUUCUUGCAUCCUUGCAACGCAAGUUACCACCAGCUCCUCCUCCGCCACCAUUUCCAGAAGGGUAUCUUCCACCUCCCACAGCAGAAUCUGAGAAAGGUACUGAAACUCAGGAAGCGGCAGAAUCGCAAGCUCCUCCUGUUGAUCCCAUAAUUGAUCAAGGACCAGCAAAAAGAAUGAAAUUUUGAUGCAAAAGACAUUCCGCAACAGCUGUCAAUAUUCAGGUACUAGAAAAGUUGACCGUUCCGUACAUGCGACGCAUGCCGAAACAUGGUUAACUUCAUGUUAUUCUUUGGUCUAAAAUGUGUGGCUCUAUUUUUGAGUUCACCAUGAAUGUACAUAUUAUCAGCUAGGUCCACUGGACGGUAGGAUGACAUUAUUGUUUUCUCCAUUCUAACAAUGUAUUGAGCGACCGUGUACGGGUAAACGAAACUAAUCUCCUUCACAUUGAACAUUUCUUAUUUAUUCAACUUUGAGAUGCGGGGACUUGGUUUCAUCCUAGUUUUCCCUGAACACCUCGACAAAUUGCAUUCCUGUUCAAUCGAUUGAGAUUAUAAUACAUAAAUUGAAUUGUUUUAGAUUAUUG